AUGCAAGUAAAAACGAAACCUUCAGUUUAUAAAACUUCAAAAAUAUAUUACAAAUCACUAAAAGAAUCAACUUCAAACAAACUUUCAAAUAUUCGUAAAAGAUUAUCAACUAUAUCUAGUCUUGAUUCUGGUGUUAGUUGGUUAGACGAAUCUGAUAAUGAAGAAUUUCCUAAUCUUACUCAUAGUAAUAAUUCUCAAGAUGUCGUUGACAACUCAAAUAACAACACGAUUAGUUGCAAUAACUUUAAAAUUGAAACCUCAUCAGAAGGAAUUUGCGAUAGAGAAAAUGACUCUUCUGUUGUUAUUCCUUUAAAACCAACGGAUUGUGUCACAUCAAAAUUUAUCGAAAUAAUAGAAACACCACCUGCCAACGUUAAACUCACCGAAAACCCCGCGUCAAGAUUAAAACGUUCUUUUGUACCUUUUGGUCUAACACAAACUCAUAAUCGAACUAAAAAUAAUUUAAUCACAACAUUUAAUACAUCAAACAGUUACGCAUCAAGUAAUGAUCCUUUCAUGAGCACGAAUGCUCAGAUAACAAAUAAUUCUUGUAGUGAUCCUGAAAGGUGCUCUUCCGGUGACGUACAAGCACAUCAAACUAUAUCGACAAAAUCAUCACUUGUCAUCCCUUCUCAAAAUAAUAAAACUUAUAAUUCACAUUGUUCUGAAAUAGGAGGAGAUAUGAGAUCAAGGAACUUUGUUAAAACAAAAGAAUGUAAAAAUUCGUUUGAGAAAGUUAAAUCGCGUGUUAAGAAAUUCUUUAUUAUCAAAAACCGAUGCGGAAAAACCAAUCCUUUCAAAUAA